CCGAGGGGGGGUUAAAAAAAAAAUAAUAAUAAUAAACAAAACGGAAGGAGGCGUUUUUUCUCCUCGAGGAUCAAAAUCAGUGGGUCUUGAGGAGAAAUCAUGUUAUUUUGGUGCUAGCAGUGUGCUAACAUCUAGUUUCUUCUGGAAAAUUAGGAGUAAUUUUCCACGAUGGGCGAUUCGGAAAAUGUUGCAUCCAAGAAGAGGGUUGCUGGGAGACAAAUCUCAAAGGAGAAUCCUGAGCUUGAUGAUGAUGGUCCUGAACCGGAAAUGGGGACUUUCAAGAAAGCCAGUGAUGAAGUAUUGGCAACCAGGAGAAUUGUGAAGGUACGGCGCUCCCAACCCGCAGUAGCUUCUUCCAAUCCUUUCGCUUCUCUUGGCAUGGUUCCGCCAUCUGACUCCAUUGCAAAUGCCACCACCAACACUUCUAAUGGUGAUGAGGUGGGAGCAAAAGAUGGUGCUGAUGAAAAUAAGGAAACACCUGUAGAGGGUAAAGGAGAAGAAAGUGGUUCUUCAAUCAAUGAAUCAAAUGGUGAGGACAGCAACAAGAAAGUUGAAGAAAAAACCUGUUUUCCAUCUGCUAAGGAUGCUAGUAAGGUUGAAGGUGAUGCAGUUGAAGAGGAAACUCCAGUUAUUGAAGCUGAGAAAGAUGUCAAAAGUGGAGAAGCAGCUAAGGAAAUCAAAGAAGAAACUGAAAAGAAAUCUAGUGGAGAAGAAACUGAAGAUGGAAAUGCCCACGAAGAAAAAGCUGAGAAAGAAAAGCUGGAGAAUGCUAACAAAGAUGCUGAUGGAGCCAAGCCAUUUGCAUCUCUGAGUUCAUUUCAUCAAUUGUCUAGCAGCCAAAAUGCCUUCACGGGAUUUGCAGGAACUGGAUUUGGAACGUCCUCACCAUUUUCUUUUGGUUCAGUUGCCAAAGAAGGCGCAGAAACUUCCUCUAGAACCUCGCCAUUUUCUUUUGGUUCAAUUACCAAAGAGGGGGCAGGAACUGCCUCUGUAACCUCUCUAUUCUCUUUUGGUUCAAGUUCUGGUCCUUCUGCUGCAGCUUCUGGGCAUGCUUUUGGAUUUAAAAGUGAAAACCCUUCAUCUCAAUCUUUUGGUUUUGGGGCCUCUAACAAUGGAAGCUCCAAGGAGGUGCCUAUUGAGACAGGUGAAGAGAACGAGAAGGCAGUAUUUGCUGCAGAUGCUAUUCUAUAUGAGUACUCAGAUGGAGGAUGGAAAGAGAGGGGAAAGGGUGAACUUAAAUUGAACAUCUCUUUAUCCGAUGCCGAGAAAGCAAGGCUUGUUAUGAGAGCAAGGGGUAAUUAUAGGCUGAUUUUAAAUGCAUGUCUUUACCCAGAUAUGACGCUUACAAAUAUGGACAAGAAAGGCGUUACUUUUGCUUGCAUCAACAGUGCUGGAGAAGGAAAUAAUGCACUUUCCACAUUUGCCCUCAAAUUUAAGGAUAGUAGCUUUGCAGAGGAGUUUCGAGGAGCUGUAGCAGCAAACAAAGGAAAGAAGAACACUGUAUUGAAGACACCUGAGAACUCUCCCAUAGCAUCUGAUGGUUGAGAUGGAGCAUACUGUUGCAAUUACUUUGAGGAAUCUCUUUUGUCGACUUCUGCUGGAAGCCUUUUUAUCUUGUGAUGCCCCAUUUUGUUGUUGAAGUUUAGUUUUUUUAGGUUACAUGAAACUCGUCAGUUAUUAGCCUAGUCCGGAUUAUAGUCAUCUUAUUUUGCAAUAACUAAGAGAGGGCCUAAGUAUAAUCUUCUUGUUGCAAUCUUGUGUCUUGUAUCAUCCACCAUUUUGAUGACCCGUACUAUAUUACUGUCUCAAAUUUCAAAGUUUACCAAUGGGAAUAUGUCAAUGCUUUGUCACUUGCA